GACUGCGGAUGGUGGAUAUUCAAUGUACGCUCCACAUCGGGUAAUGCGACAAUUGGGUUACGUCCAAGAAGAACCUCAUUUCGAUGAAGAUAAGACGUUCUUUACUGUGUUAAAGGCUAACUGCUCCACGUCCCAAAAAACUAUUAACGUCGCUUAUGAUCCACUGCCAAAUCAAGAACAUUGGGAUGAUAGACGUGGUUGUAUCAUCGAUUUGAGUCUUUUGGACGAGGUGACCAAAGGUAAUGAAGCUAGUGAGAAAUACAUGACGUGGUACUUGGGUUGGGAUCGUCCUACUGUGAUUAGGAAACCGACUGCUGAAGAACGGGCUCGUAUCAAGAAGAUGGCAUCGAAAGACCCAACAACAAGUCUUAAGUUCUUUAAGGAGCAGUUGAAGAUCUUUGUGAAGGUGUUGUGUUGCGGGAAAGACAGAGGAGAUCCUUUGUCGAUUGAAGAGCAAAGCAAGCACAUUGACUAUGCUUGCAAUAUUGACAAUGAGGAUGCUCAUGAAUUGUUCAAGCAAGCUGAUGCUGAAGUAAAGAGGGAAGAAAAUCCAGGAGGGAAGCACAAGCCAAGAUGAAUGCUGACAAAAAGAGGGCUCGUAGUGGUCGUGGUGGAGAAGGUAGUAGUAGUGGUGGUGUUCCUAAACGGGGUCAUGGUCGUGGUGGUGAAUGAAUGCAGUCUCUAGUUUAUUUCUUUAUGUUGUGUUGGACAAAUGUUAAGGUUAACGGUUGGAAAAAUGUUUUUUUUAAGGUUUAUGGGACAUGUUUUCGUAUUUUGGACAACAAGUGUUGGAUUUCUAGUUUUUGAACGAAUGGUUUGUUUAGCUA